AUGGGGGAGAGUCGACCGGCUUCUCCGGAGCCCCGCUCGGACCUGAACACCUUCGACGCGGCAGAGGCGGAGGAGAGUCGGCGCGCCUCGACGAGCCCCCGCUCCUUGGGGUCGUGCGCAAGACUCGGCGUCAACCCCGUGGAGCUGUUGAUUAAAUCGCUCAGAGAGUUCAUACCCGACCACCACGGCACCCCCUUCGAGGCCGUGACGCUCAUGCACCAGUCCUACGAACAGGAACGCGGCAGGCUUUUGCAGCUGUGUCUACGGGAGCGGGAGAGGAUUAUCGGGGAGUCGGAGGACAGAAGGUUGGGCGGCAGCAAGCUGCUGGCGCUGGAGGACGGCGGUGCUGGUGCUGAAAGACGGGGGUCCCUCCCAGACUUCGACCGGGGUUUCAAAAGGAAAUCCGUGAGCACGUCCUCCAGUUCCCUUGCUCAGCGAGAUCGGCGCAGGCGGAGACCCGAGAGCCUCGCAGACCUCAGACACUCCCCGGCCACCGAGCUGCAGCUGGAAAGGCUCACAAGAGACGUCGAGAAGGAGAUGAGUACAACGAUAACAGAGAGAGACCGCAAGAUAGCGGCUCUAAUGCUGGCUAAGCACCAGGAGGAGCAGGCGCGCCUGAAGCUGUGUCAGCAGGAGGAGAAGGAGCGACAGGAGGCUCGCAGGUGGGAGGAGGCCCAGCAGACCGAGAUGGAGAAACAGAGGAGAAAGAAACUAAAGCAGAGCAUGCAGCGUUGGCAUGACGACAUGGAAGCCCGCAGGAGGACGAGGGAACACAAGGAGAAGGAGUUGGUAGGACUGCGGGAGCAGGAGAUGUCACUUCAGGAGGACCGCUGGAGGAAACUGACAGAGGAACUGGAGGCACAGCGUAGAGAGAAGAUAGAGGCAGCACGAAGGGAGGCAGAGGUGCGCAAAUGCUGCCAGGAGAAGUUGCUGAGGGUUAAAGAGGAGAUGGAGAAAAUGGAGAGAGAGAAGGAGAGACAGGUCGCACAGGAAAGAGAGCUCAAGGCCAGGAGGAACAAAGUGACACAGGAGAGAAGGGAGCGGAAGAGGCUGCAGCACGAAAAUCACAGGGAGCUGCUGCAGCACGUCCACCUGAAACGACAGGUGGAGCAGCAGGAGGAGGAGGAGGAGGCGCUGAUGAGGAGUGCGCUGGAGAAAAAGCUGCACAACUCCUGGGAGAAACAUGCCCUAGCCAUGGAGGCGCGGUUUAGGGAGCUGCAAGGGCGUGCGGCCCAGAAGGGAGAGCAAAUCCAGCGAGCGCAGCUGAGGGCCAGGCUGCAGAGUCAACAGCAGCUCAGGCAAAAGGAGGUCCUGGUUCAGGUGAGCCAGUGUCGCAUGGAGAGAGCUGCCCAGCACACGUCCGCCCAGGGCAGGGUCAGAGCGCAGCAGACCCGCCAACACAACCAGGACAGGCAACUCUGCCACCAGCAGCUAAGGGACAGGGUGGAGAGGGAGGAGGAGGCCCAGAGAAUGGUCAGGGAGAGCUACAUCGCCAUGAAGGAGUGCAGGAGGGAGAGGCUGCUGCGGCAGCGAGAACAGAUACAGGAGGAGGCCCGCAGGCUGGCCCGUGCCUCUUUCCACAUGAGGGAGCGAGUGCGAGAACGGACGCGCUGUCGCACCUUUGAUCAGAUGGCCCUGGAGGCGGAGCUGGCUAACUCCAUAGGCCGCAUGAAACUCUGA